UUUUUAUAUAUACCAAUCACUCACAUCCAUUUCUUUAGCCUCCCACAUCUAGACCCUCCCAUCAUGGAAAAACAAAUCAACAUAGAGAGUGACGCUCAAGAAAACCUCCUUUGUUCAACUUCCACUACCACCUCUUUUUCUUCUUCUUCUUCUUCUUCUACAACUUUCAAUUCAAUACCUCAAAAUAAUGGCUCUUCAGAAGCUCAAGGUAUAAAAAAUAUUGGAAUCCAUCAGCAAAGCAAGAAGAGGCAAGGAAAUCACGACAAUAAUAACAUCGAAAAGCACCCUACUUACCGUGGGGUUAGAAUGCGAAACUGGGGCAAAUGGGUCUCGGAAAUCCGCGAGCCGAGGAAGAAAUCAAGAAUAUGGCUAGGAACUUACCCUACAGCCGAAAUGGCGGCUCGAGCUCAUGAUGUAGCCGCCUUAGCCAUUAAAGGCUCUUCUGCUUUUCUUAAUUUCCCCGAGUUGGCUCAUUACCUUCCUCGCCCUGUCUCCACCUCUCCCAAGGACAUUCAAGCAGCCGCGGCCAAGGCAGCGGCGGCGGCAGCCACAGCUUUUGACGAAGGCAAACUAUGUAGAGCUGAAGCUGAAGUUGAAGCCGAGCCAAGACAAGCUGAGCUAAUUCCUUUAUCAUCAUCACCAACUUCGAACCUGUCCAUGGACAACAGAUGUACCCAAGAAUCAGCUAGUUCUCCUUCUUCAACGGAUUAUGAAGAUGCAUUGUUUGACUUGCCUGAUCUUUUCAAUGAUGUAUCGGACAGUGGUGAUGGAUUCUGCUAUUAUUAUUCUUCAUCAUGGCAUUUAUGUGCUGCCGAUACUGGACUCCGGCUGGAGGAGCCAUUCUUAUGGGAGUAUUAGAAAAAAAAAAACAAAAAAACAAAAAAGAGCAAAGAAAUCGGUUUUUACAGUGGAAUUGUUGAAAAUACUAUAUCACAUUUUGGUUUCUGCAAAUCUCCAAACGCAAAGAUGCCCAAGCCACUUGACAAAAGUUGUUAGCUUUGAAAUGUACCAAAAUGGGUUCGGUUUCAAUGGCUUGUUUUAGUUCAGUUUGGACCCAUUAGAAGAGAAGGGAAAAAAAAAUUGUGGUUAAUUUGCAUUAUUUAUUAUAACGUUGGUUGCAUAUAUAUAUAUAUAUAUAUAUAUAUAUGUAUGUAUUUUCUUGCCCAAAGAAAAGAAAGCAAAGGGCAUCUCAUCCCUCGAUUCUGAUAUAUGUACAUUGAUCACACUACAAAUAAACAAUUAAUGAUUAGCUUCUUUAUGUC